AACUCAAAACGGACUAGUGCCUUCAAGGCGCGUCAUUGAACGCUGACGAGCGAAAGUCUCUUAACCUCUAAUAUCUCACUGUGUGUUUCUGUUAGGCCCAGGAGAGUGGUACUGGUAAUAUGAUACUCAAUCAGAUAUCCUAUCUGGAUUGUCUCGCAUUCCUCGUCUUUUUAGCGCCCCAAUUGAUCAUCCAAGUCGGGCUGCUCACCACGAUAGGAUGGGGUCUGAACGCUCUACCUUUCUUGCUUCUCAAGAUGCCUUGUCAACUCGUGGUAGAGAGGUUCUUCACACGCCGUGAACAGCAGAGUCCCUUCGUUCAACGAGCAUCGCUAUUUCAGGACAUAGUCAUCCGGUGCGUGCGCUAUGCAUUUGCGUAUAUGCCAGCGUACAUUGGCCGCGUGUUCUUCUCGAAGCCAGUCGCUCUGCCUUUUGUUCGGUUUCGAAUGUUCAGGCACGGACUGAGAAAAUGUCCAAUUCCUUGGGUGGAAGUGAAACGCCCCGGUCUGAGUGGAAUAUGGCUCGCUCAUGAUCAGACCAAGAAGCCAGACGUCGUGAUAUAUUAUUGUCAUGGUGGUGGCUUCUCCAUGGGAUCUUGCUAUUUCUACAUCGAAUUCCUGGUCGCGUGGGUGACUCUUCUGAAAAAUGCGGGCUACGAGAAUCCAGCCUUGUUUGCACUCGACUACACCUUAGUUCCUGAUGCUUGCUAUCCAACACAAGUGCAACAAGCAUUCUCUGGCUACGAAUAUGUCUUGAGCAUUGUAGGUGAAUCUUCUAGGAUCUGUGUUGGGGGCGACUCCGCCGGCGGUACACUUAUACUAAGUAUGUUGCUGUACAUGGGGGAACAUUCCGACUACAAAAGCCGUCUCCCUGCUCUUGCAACCUUAAUAUCGCCGUGGGUUACGCUCGUGAGCCCAAAGAAUCGCAACACGAGAAGUGACUAUCUCAACUCUGACAGCCUUGAGUUGUACGGUAGGCAGUAUGCAGGUACCCAGGUUUCCAUCAGCGAUCCCAUGGUCUCGCCUGGUAAUUGCAAAGAUUUGGACUGGUGGAUGCGAGCAAGUCCCAAGAAGGGAUGGUAUUUUCAAUAUGGAUCUGAAGAAGUCCUGGGUCCAGAAUUGAGGGAUCUGAUCACCUUAUUGUACAACGGUGAUGUGGAGCUAGAUGUAAGCGAGGAGCAUGGUCACGUCCAUGCCUGGCCAGUAGCUUCACUCUACCUUGGCGAAACAAGAAAUGAGCGCCUGCAUGGAUUGCAAAAUCUGGUCGGAGCUAUAAAACGGCGCAUGGGAUAAACCAAGAAUGUGAUGAAGAGCAUGCUGAAUUGCGAUAUAACUGUCUCAAUUGACGUAAAAACCACUGGCGUAUUGAACAGCCAGUCUUGUGCGUUC